CGCGGCUUUUCUGCUGUACCGCUGACAGAUGAGUAAAUAUGGCGGAUGAAAAUGCAUUGGAGUUCGUAUUUAUAGGGAAAAAACAAGAAAUCGCACAGAGAAGAAAGGUUAAAUGUUCCGUGAUGGGGAGGGUAAUUGCAGUAUUUUUCGUUAAUGAUGGAUUCCAUGCACUGGACCAUUAUUGCUACCAUGCAGGUGGACCACUGUCUCUUGGAGACAUCGAGGAGGUUGAAGGGAAGGCUUGCAUAAUAUGCCCUUACCAUAAAUACAAGAUAGUUCUAGAAACUGGUGAAGGACUCUACUAUUCAUUUAACCCAAAGGACUUCAGUAAACCUCCCAAGCUGUGCUCCAAGGGAGUAAAGCAGAGAACUCACCAUGUAAGAGUGUCUGGAAAUGAUGUUUAUGUGGCAUUAUCAGAUACAAGUCAAUCAAGAGACUCGGAUUAUUAUUCCUCAGAUGCUUUUAAAGCAACAAAGAAAAACAUACUUAAGUAAAAAAAAAAUAGUUUUUUUUUAAAAAAUUUAUUAUAUCCCUUCUCCAGAAUCCCAGGCCUGUCAGUUGUUUAUACACCACUCAUAGCUUGCCGAGAUAUUUGAUGAUGAAAAUACAGGACUGUUUGAACAGCUUGUUAAAGUCGCCAUGGCAGUGGUAUCGUAACACAUGGCUGCAUUGUCUUUUAUUGUGUACAGGGCAUCGUCCUUGGGUACCAAGGGCCUUGAGGUCAGCAGAACAGGGUGACAUAAUGAGAAGGUGGAAGGGGAGGGAGAUGCCCCAGGAGUCUAUUCUAUAAAAGCCAGUUUUAAAAAGGGUGCUAAAUCCAUUUAGGAAUAAGAAAUAAGGAAUAAAGUUCUUGAAGGAAAUAGAAUAAGUUGUUCUGUGAGGGAGAAAGGUGACAUCAAAAGAAAAUGACAUCAAUUUUAAGUUAUUUAUUCAAAGUUAUUCCAAACCGUUAUCAAAAUAUGGUCAUAUCCAGCCCAAAAAAGUUUGUUAGUUAUUUAUUGAGGCUGUUUGAUGUAAUAAAGUACUCUUAUGGUAUUACUAA